CACAAUGCAAGCUAGCGUGUGUCCGCCACACUAUUGCCACUCCUACUGGAGUACUAUUUAUCACUCCAUCACUCACAGUCCGGUGAGGUCUCCUUGUUAAGUUGCGUUGCUAGCUACUCUGCCAAGUUUUGUGCUGCGAGCUAGACUAGAUAGCACUCCAACGUACGUACACAGAUUGACCUUGCCAUGGCCAUGAACGUCGACGGCAAGGUGGACGCCGAGAACCCGGCCCUCUCGUGCGUGGACGACGACGAGUCGUCCUUGGACCUGGCUGCGCGCGCCAACUGGCUGCGCGCGGCGGUGCUGGGCGCCAACGAUGGGCUGGUGUCGACGGCGUCGCUGAUGCUGGGCGUGGGCGCCGUGAAGCCGGACGCGCGCGCCAUGGUCGUCUCCGGGUUCGCGGGCCUCCUGGCGGGAGCGUGCAGCAUGGCCAUCGGCGAGUUCGUGUCCGUGUGCUCCCAGCGCGACGUGGAGAUCGCGCAGCUGGAGCGCGACGGCGGGGAAGAGAAGAAGGCGCUCCCCAGCCCCGUGCAGGCCGCGGCGGCGUCCGCGCUGGCCUUCUCCGUGGGCGCGCUCGUGCCGCUGCUGGCGGCCGGGUUCAUCGGCGACUACAGGCUGCGGGUCGGGGUGGUGAUCGGCGUGGCGACAGCGGCGCUGGCCGCGUUCGGGUGCGUGGGCGCGGUGCUGGGGCGUUCCCCAGUGGCGAGAUCGUGCGCGCGGGUGGUGGUCGGUGGCUGGGCCGCCAUGAGCGUCACGUUCGGGCUGAUGAGGCUUUUCAGAGCCAGCGGCAUAUGAGCCCCCUCACGCUUUUGGCGUGGCCGCUCUAAAUCUGCUUAUGCUUGUGUGCGCGCAUCCAUCUGCUCUGCUAACCAUGCAUAGAUGAUGCACUCGAAUCGAUUAUAUUAUUGCUAGCUCCCCUCCCCUUGAUUUCUUUCAUCAAUUCCCUUGUAUCCAUCGUCGAUCGAUCAUAUCUGUCGUCGUCGUUGCAUGCAUGUGAUGCAAUGUAAUUCUCUCGAUUGUGACCGGCCUAAUUUACUGUUAUAUAUAGUUAAUAAUA